AUGUCUCACAACAACACGACCGUGUUCUUGUUCACAGUGCAGGGCAUAUUGGCAUCACUGACCUGUGGACUGUGUUGCUUAAUAUAUGCUUACUGUUGCAACACUAAAAAUGAACGAAAUCGGAAUAAAAGAACUAUAUCGAAGGUAAACGGGGAUACCUACACUGAGAGUGCAACCACGGCCUUCAAAAAAAGCAAGGUCGAGAAAGAAGCGGGAAGUAAAAGUGCCAAUGAAAAUGGGGCGACUCAUCUAGAAAAGGGCACAGAUGGGGCAAUCAAUACAAAAUCAGAGAGGAAUCAGCUCAAAUCUGGUAACGGAAGCGGAACGAGCCACACAGACAAUUAUUUCAAGCGAAACGGGAGUGGAAAAUGCGAUAGGGAUGGCACCGUCCCACAGCAAAAGUCGAUCCAAGAGAAUUAUUGCCACAGAACAGACAGCAAUAUCGAAUCGGGUGUAUCUAAUCAGAAAAACGGUGAAAUGGAUAAAUGCAGUGGUGAGGAAGCAAGAUCAAGUAGAAGCAACUGUGAAGGAAUACCCCUAAACAUGGGAAAUGUAAACGAAUAUAAGGAUCCCCCGUUGGUAGGUAUAAUCCCCAGGCAUAAUUCUGCACCGUACGAUGGCCGUAUAACCGAAAAAAAUGGAGAGUGUGAAAAUGCACAUAAUGCGGGAACAGCAGGAAGUGACAUGCGCCCCAAUUGGAACAAUGAACGUAAAGAGAUAUUCGAGAGUAACUCGGACAAUAUGAUCAAAAUGGUUGUACCCCCAAACAGAUGCCAACUAAGAAGUGGCGAAGAACAAAAUGAGGGGCUGCCAAUGUCCAACGAGUGUAGGAACAACUUUAAUCCACACAGUGUAGAUUCGCACAUAUCGUCUAAUGAUUAUGGGAGAGAGGAUAACAACAGAAUUGUGAAGAUAAUCCAACCCGGGGAAAAAAACCUACUCAGUAGGAACAACAAUAUGAGUAUUACUGUAAACAGGGUUGAAGCAAAAAAUAGGGGCAUAUGUGGCCUUACACAGAAGGACGCCGUUCAGGUGGCCGUAGAAAGGGAAGACCAUCAUGCCUAUAGCAGGACUGUUUUGGACAGACAAAUGGUGUACUACCCCAACGAAGAGGUUUUCAGAGUCAAGUCGGAGACGUUGAUUCGGAGCUAUCCGGGGCAGGGUGGCGCCAGCAGAAGUGCGCAGAAGAGCAUGCAUAGAAAUUGCGCAGAAGGGAACGAAGCCAGGCGUAGAAAUUGCGCAGAAGGGCACACAGGAAGGAGUAAAAAUUGCGCAGAAGGGAACGCAGCCAGGGGUAAAAAUUGCGCAGAAGGGAACGAAGCCAGGCGUAGAAACUGCCCAGAAGGGCACAACCAUUUUACACACCGCACAAUGAACGGGUGUAAAAUUCUUGAAGGAGAAGAAGACAAAAAGAAAUGCAGACACCCAGAACAUGUGCACAAUUAUACUCCCUCGAAAUUUAUGAACUGUCCGUAUGAAGAAGGAAGCUCGAAUAGGGUAUUUGUAAAAUAUAAAAAAAAUGUGUUGCACACUUUGGAUAAGAAUGUGCUCAAUAGUAGGGAACAUCCAAGUGUAGAAAGGAACAGCCAUGUAGUCCCAGUGAUCCACAAGGAGCAAACACAGCCAGGUUCAUCAGAACACAACACGUAUAAGUACAAGGAUUUUUCUAUGUAUGAUACUCUUUAUAGGAAGAGGAAGCCAUUACAUGAUAUGUCACACUUCAAUAAUGGGAAGGAAAUUAGAAAUAUUAUUGAAAAUGGGAGAGUAGAAGAAGCAGGUACCCUGUCAUACGAUAACGACAAGGCGACUUGCGGCAUGCACUCUGUUAGCAACAAUGCUGGAGAAGCUACUGUUAGGAUUCACAAUGUCGGCCAUUACCAUGAAGAGAAGAAGGAGUUCUACCCCCGGGACCUUCAAUUGUCAAAUCGUAUGUCCACAAAUUUGAUAAAUGGAGAGAGGACGAAAAGUGCAGCCUCAUAUGGAUUAGCUUAUAACCAAGGCGAUAAUGUUAAUAGAGGAGAAGGUGAGGAGACUCCUACAAAAGGAAGUUCCCCUCGUUUGGGUCGCUUCACAAGUGCGCAAGAUUUUGCAUCAAAAGGGAGAAGGACAGAUCGGGAGGGAGAAAUGUCACAAGGGAAUAGGAACAACCAAAGUGGUAACAAUGAUAACAGUAAUGACAUCCGUGGGAACCGCAGCAGCAAUCACAACAACGGUGGGGAGGACCGCACAAGCGAAGGCAGGUAUUACACCAGGGGGAAGAGCAAGGAGAGCAGCACCAAGAGAAACGCCCAAGAUGUAGUUGGAAGAAACGCCCAUGAUGUAGUUGGAAGGAACGCCCAUGAUGUAGUUGGAAGAAACGCCCAUGAUGUAGUUGGAAGAAACGCCCAUGAUGUAGUUGGAAGAAACGCCCGGAGCAUGAUCGACGCAGUUGAAAUGACCACCAAGGUACCCAGAAACAGUUGCAUCCACACUAACAAAACGCAAAGCGAUGUUAACAAUUGCGCAUAUUGUUCCCCUUUAGAUGAAGAAAAAAUGGAAAAUAAAAAAAACAUUACUGCCAACUCCCAAGUGACUAUCACAUGGGCAUCACAGAAUGUCUACCAUGUAAAGAAGGAACACACGUGUGCAAAAAUAAUAACUGCCCUUCUCUUCGAAAUUGUGCAAAACAGAGACAGAGAGAUAAUAAAGAAAAUAAUGUAUACUUAA